UUGGGGAAUCCACCUAAAUCACGUGGAAACUUUGUUUACAUUUGCUGCACUACGUUUUGGUUUCACGUUACUUUUGCUAUGUGAUGUAAGGUUUUUACAAACAUGGAUUUAAAGUUGUGCAAGUUCAAACUACGUAGUGUUCAACAACUACCGAUACAUCCUUUGCAUUUGGCUGCUGACCAGGUUAAAUGGUGCACAAUAUUUGGCAGGUGUGAAUCUCCAACAAUUGCAGCGAUUACUAAACAGUUCACUUAUUUAUCUGACGAACCCUUUGUGUUUGCUGUUGUUCACUUGGGAAAUCACUCAGAUAAUUUGCACUCCGAAGAAACCCUUGACAAACAAGAUAGCGAUAUCCCAUUAACUCUACAUUGUACAAAGGAUUUUUUCGAUCACUAUGAAUUAUCAGGGAACCAACAAUAUAAUGUGAGCCACAUAAAACCAUUUCCCCUCGAGCAAGUUGUUUUCGCUGCCAAAACAGAUGAGACUUUCAACUGGUCACAACAAAAUGCAUUCGAAACUGGUCUCCUUGUUGCAAGCACCUGCAAUAAAUCAAUGUUGGUUCGUUGUGGUGAUGUUUUUCUUGCCCCUCCUCUGCCAGCAUUUGGUGCAGAUACAAAUUAUGUUCUUGAUAGAUUUUAUGAAUUGUAUGCUGUUCAGUGUGAACCUGCUCAGCAAGGAAUUAUUACAGUGUCCACAUCAGUUGUGGUUGUCAAGUCACAGAAAUCAGUAGAUAAAUCUAUUACUGAAGAGUUUUUCGAUAUGAAUUUAAAAAUACAAAUGUUCAAUGAAUCACAUUUAGGAUGGUAUAAGAAAGAUCUUACAUCUGUCAUCAUUUGCAGUGAAUAUUCUGCAUCUCAACUUCAAAUUUCUAAUGAAAAAUAUGUUUCUGUUGUUCUGUCUUCAAACACCAAUAUAUCAAAACAAUUGAAUCCUAGAACGUGUAUGGUUCAAAUUCUCUCAGAUGAACAGUUGGGAAGGUUAACUAAAGUCAAUUACAAAGCGAACUCAUGGAGCAAACAUGACGUAUGGAUCUCAUCUACUUUGUGGUUUAAUUUAAGUCAAGGAAAACCGAAUUCCGAUGUUUCACAAUAUUCAGUUACGCUGCAUAAAUUGAGUGAGGGCGAUGCACCAACUUUUUCAUCUGAAGUUCAUUUAUCGCUUGUCCUCAGUCCAAACUACCCCCCAGCAGGCUGUUAUGAUAAAUCUAUAGUAAACUUCCUCAAAAAUCCAAUCCUGCUCACCAGUGGAGAUAUAAUUUCACUAAAUGUAAAAGAUGAUAUUGAAUUUUAUGAAGCCUCCACUGAGAUAGGUAACAUGUGCGAUGUAAUCUAUUAUAAAGUGAUCAGUCUGGGACCAGAUUCAACUGAGGGUAAAAGUUAUUUGGUGAGCACAAAGUCUACAUCACUGUACCAGGAUGGGACAAUUAACAGUUACAUUCCAUUUGUAAACACAACACCAGGUUUCAUGCAUGGUUUACCUGGUUUAUCGAAACAUGUAGAAGCCCUUCAACAAAAUAUAUCACCAUAUCUAAACAAAAACUCAGUAUUACAACAUGUGUGCACUGUGCUGCUAUCUGGUCAAUCAGGAUGUGGGAAACACAGUGUUGUAACUCAUGUUUGUAAUCACUUAAAUCUUCAUUUCUUUGAGGUUGAUUGUCAAAGUUUAAUUGCUGAUACACCUGGUGCCACAGAAUCUAAAAUAACGGAUGUGUUUCGCAGAGCGAGACUUUACUCACCUUGUGCCAUUGUGAUGUCAUCAAUUGAAAGUAUUGGCCGCAAUCGAGAGACGGGUCGUGUUGACAAUAGAGUUUGUGCUUCAUUGAAAAAGUCGAUUCGAUCUUUAAGCGAAACUUCAACGGAUGCAGAUUUACCAGUUGUUGUCAUAGCAACUUGUAGCGACAAAACUAGUGUAGUCUCAGACAUUAGAUCAUUAUUUCUACAUCAGAUUUCCAUUGAUGCACCAGAUGAGAAAGAAAGAUAUGAAAUAAUACUUCAUGCUUCACGGUUGGUGAAUGCAUCACGUGAUAUGGAUUAUCACAAACUAUCCAAACAUACAGCAGGAUUUGUGGUUGGAGAUAUUUGGGAACUGUUUCGUAAAUCUGUGCAAGUUUCAAGUGAUCGAGUACUUGGUAAAUGUGCUGUUGGAAGCAGAUUAUCAUGGGCAGAGGAACAAUUGUCUUGCCCAAGAACAUAUCUCCCUUUCUUUAGAGUUGUUUCACAACUACUGGCUGAGUUGGAUGGAGUUAAUGGUUCUGAAGAUCUAGGAAAACAAGUGUUUAUCAUUGCUGCAUCUAAUCGACCAGAUCUUAUAGAUCCAGCUCUUCUUAGACCAGGAAGAUUGGACAAACUUAUUUACGUUGGCAUCAGUGAAAAUAAAGAGGACCAACUAAAGGUUUUGAUUGCACAAACAAGGAAAUUAAAUCUUGCUCCAACAGUGAGCUUGGAAGAAGUUGUACGUAGAUGUCCACCAAACAUGACUGGUGCGGAUUUUUAUGCUCUUACUACUGUGGCGGCUACAAAUGCUGUAAGACGCCGCAUUCAAGAAUCAAAAUCUAAUUUUGUGGAUGAUAUGGUUUGCGCUGUGGAGCAAUGUGAUUUGCUGGAUGCAGCAACAAAAGUUAUUCCAUCAGUUAAUGAGGAACAGUUGGCCAAUUACAGAAGAGUAAAAUCUGUUAUGGCUAGAUAGUAAUCAGUGUUUUAAGAAUGUUUUAAUUUAAUUCUGCUGUUGCAAAUAAUUUUAACUAAUCAUUUUUGUUUGUAAUAUGAUUUAUUUCGUGGUCGUUAUAAAUAAAAUCAAAAAUGACGAU